AUGAGUGUUCUUCUAGAGACCUCUUUGGGCGAGAUCGUAAUUGACCUCUUGGUCGAAAAUGCACCCAGGUGCUGUGAGAAUUUCCUCAAACUUUGCAAAGUCAAAUACUACAACUUUUCUCCUGUCCAUACCGUCCAGAAAGGCUUCUCCUUCCAAACGGGAGAUCCGUUAGGGCCGGACUCCCCUGACAGUGAUGGCGGCAGCUCAAUAUGGGGCCUUCUGUCUGGGCCCUCCAAGAAGAGUUUCGUAGCAGAAAUUGACCCGAAAUUAAAACACGCUCAGCGCGGCACGGUCAGUAUGGCAACCGUACCUUCGUCCAAAGAUGCCGAUGAGCGACUGGCCGGUAGCCAAUUCAUCAUAACACUUGGCGAUAACAUCGACUAUUUGGACGGCAAGGCCGCCCCCUUUGGCACAGUUGUUGAAGGCUUUGAUACACUCGAAAAAAUCAACGAUGCAUUUACGGACGGCAAUGGCCGACCUUUGAAGGACAUACGCAUACGGCACACGAUUGUAUUGGAAGAUCCUUAUGAUGAUCCUCCAGGCCUCGCCGUUCCAGACGAGAGUCCUGCUCCAUCUAAAGCCCAGCUCGCUACCGUUAGGAUUGCCGAUGAUGAAGAGCUGGCUGAUGACAUGGAUGAAGCUGCCAUGGAGAAGUUGCGGAGGGAACGUGAAGCGCGGGCCCAGGCUCUGACUCUCGAGAUGGUUGGAGAUCUCCCUUUUGCGGAAGUCAAACCUCCAGAAAACGUUCUCUUUGUCUGCAAGCUGAACCCAGUCACCCACGACGAAGAUCUUGAAUUGAUUUUCAGCCGUUUUGGUAAAAUUCUCUCGUGUGAGGUCAUCAGAGAUAAACGAACUGGCGACAGCCUUCAGUACGCUUUCAUUGAAUUUGAGAACCAAAAGGACUGCGAGCAAGCAUAUUUCAAAAUGCAGGGCGUCUUGAUCGAUGACCAUCGCAUCCACGUGGACUUCUCACAAAGUGUAUCCAAGCUUUCAAAUGUGUGGAGAGAUGCUACGAAUUCGAAGAGGGCAAAGCGAUCCGGAGGAUUUGGUGGAUUCGAUAGCCUGGAAAAGAAAAGCCACUAUCGGGAUCAAGGGAGGGGAGACCGAGGUGGGCGCGACUACCGAAUGGUCUUUGACAAAGACGAUAUCCGUCGGAAUCGCGACUCUCGACGGUCUAGGAGCCAGAGCCCGGCACGCGGGCGGGAUGAUGCCGCGACGGACAAGGACAGACGUUAUCGGGAUGAUCGAACGGACAGAGAUGCUGGGCGUCACGAUGGAAGGGACAAAGGUCGGUAUCGUGACCAGGAGAGAACGUAUCGGAACCCAGAUCGAGACAGGGACAGAGACAGAGACAGAGACAGAGAUAGGGACUGGAAGGGGAGUAGGUCUGAGAGGUGGAGAGAUAGUCGCCGGUGA